GCUAAUCAAGCGUUAGCACAGACAGACUGGCAAAAAAAAGUGUAAAAUAUUAAAUAAAGAAAAAUAUUUAGCAAUUGUUUGUUAAGGGGUGUGUGUUAAACAGUAGUAGUUGUUUGUAGGCAGAUAAAAACUAUCCAUUAAAUAAAUUAAUAAAUAUUAAAAAAGGAACAAAUAACAUAAAAAUAAAUUCAAGGUUGUUAAUUUGUUUUUUAAAUAGUGAAGAAUAGAAAAAAAAUAAUAAUUUAGUGGAAACACGGGUUGAGUGUACAAAAAGUGAGCGAAAGUGUGUGUGUAUUAAUAAAAAAGUGGAUAUUUAUUUAAGCAAAAAAACAAUAAAUUAAACAUGGAACGUAUUUUGCGUGGUAUCAUGCGUUAUCGAAACACAACACGUGAGCAAAUGGUACGAGAAUUUCAAAAAGUUCGCGAUAACCCAGAGCCCAAGGCGGUAUUUUUCACAUGCAUGGACAGUCGUAUGAUACCGACCCGUUACACUGAUACUCAUGUUGGCGAUAUGUUUGUGGUACGUAAUGCUGGUAAUUUAAUACCACAUGCCCAACAUUUCCAAGACGAACAUUAUAGCUGUGAACCGGCUGCCUUAGAAUUGGGUUGUGUGGUCAAUGAUAUACGUCAUAUUAUUGUGUGCGGCCAUAGUGAUUGUAAGGCCAUGAAUUUAUUGUAUCAAUUGAGAGACCCGGAAUUUGCCUCCAAGCGCAAUCGCCGUUUAUCACCCUUAAGGGCUUGGCUGUGUACUCAUGCCUCUACCAGUUUGGAGAAAUUCGAGGAGUGGCAAGAGAAUGGCAUGAGUGAUCCCUUAUUGUUUUCCUCAGAAACACCUCUAAGACGUUUUGUGGCCUACAUAGAUCCUGAAAAUAAAUUUGCCAUUGAGGAUAAACUGUCGCAGAUAAAUACUUUGGAACAAAUGUCUAAUAUAGCUUCGUAUGGCUUCUUAAAGGCACGUUUGGAAUCUCAUGACUUGCACGUGCAUGCCUUGUGGUUUGACAUUUAUACGGGUGACGUUUAUUAUUUCAGUCGUGGCUCCAAACGUUUCAUACCCGUUGAUGAGGACAGUGUGGAUAAGCUAACCGGUGAAGUAAGACGAUUUUAUUCGUGAAAGGAAAACCAUUAAAAGCUGAAACUAUUAAUAAUUAUUAAGGCGAAGUCUGUUGUAAAGACUUGCUAAAAGGCUGGAAAGAAACAAAUGAAUAACGCCUAUCGUUUGAGAGAGACUUGAUUGAGAGAAGAGAGGGAUUUGAUUUCAUUUUGCUUAAAAUAAUUAAAUAAAAAUCCAGAAUUCUCUAAGAUUAAGAAUUUAGCUCUGGAAUUACUCCACUUACCUGUGUCAAACAUCAUUAUUAUCUUAACUUCAUUAAAAAUAAGACCAAACAUUGUUAACCAUCCUUUUAUAAACUUCAAAACUGUGAUAAUUAGAACAAAAUAUUUAAACUACAAAUGAAAGAAACAAAGUACCA